AUGAAUAGUAUACAGUCCCAGAAGAAGCUGCUGGAUGGUAUUAACAAAGGACAGAGCGAUAUAAUAACCCUUAUUGAUGAUGUACAAGACAGAAACUGGUUGAAAUCCCUAGCAUUAAGCGCCGUUAGUUACUCUAUUGAUAUUCAGAAGACACUUAUUGAAGGCGCUAUCAAAUAUAAUGAAGGAAAUGUUGAACUGGUGGAUAGAAAAACUAAACUAGAAUUAUACGAUAUACUCAGCAUCUCUAUCAACCCAGUACAAGAAGAUGAUGACGAUGACGAUCCUUGGAAUAAUGACGAAGAAGAGAAGGAACCUGGCGAACAGCAACAGGUGAUAGAGCUGCCAAGGUUUCUUAUUAUGCCACCUGAGAGACUGGCUCUUGAAUUCGCUGCAAAGGGCGAAAUAAACAGACUAAACGUGCUACUCGAUAAAUACCCAGAUACGACCAACAAAUAUCAAUUUGCUAUACUCGAUGCAAUACCAAUCAGUGUACCACCAACGGCUUACUUGAAUAUAUUACCUUCUGAUGAGCAAGUCACUGAUUGGUAUAUUAACAGAGCAACAAGGAUGGACGCCGUUGGUAGGCAACUCGAUAAUGCUCUAUCACUUAUUCAACAUGGAGCUGCGCGCGGUGUACUAGGACUAGAUAAGAUUGGUGAAGAUCUUAUCUUACUUUUAAGGAUGGCAGAGUACAAUCAUGCUGUUGGAUUAAAAGAUCUUCAAAGUAUGUCCUAUGACGAUUCCAUUGAAGCUUAUAUGAUCGGAUCUACCCCUCAGGAUUUUUCAACAAGGAUAAAGAAAGCAAUUCUACCAUAUUUGUAUGUCCUUGAAUCACAAAACGAAAGAGAUACUGGAAUAGUUGACAAUGAGUUUCACGAACGUUUACUCACCGACAUUCUUCUUAAUGCAGGCGUUACAAAUGUUCUCAGUAUUUUGGAAGCCAGUAGACCUGAUUUAAGUUUAAGUGAGAGAGUACUCAAGGACGACAAAUAUGUCGUAGCUUUAGCCCUAGCUGCUAUUUACACAAACGAUCGCUCUGAUAUAUUGGAUAUAAUUCAACGCGUAUUCGAAUGUAUGCCAGCAUGGGAGGGUGGAUCUCCAACCAGACUUCGAAAUGUCGUGGACUUAAAGAAAGGAAGUGCUUCAGCUAUUGUGCAACAUUUGAAGAAUCUAGAAAUAGCAGAUUUAGGCUCACUCCUGGAUCAUUUGGAUAUACACAUAGAAUCAUUAGAAAUAUUAGCGAGGUGGUCAAUAAAUAUAUCUCUCCUACAGCUAGAACUGUCAGAUUACAAUCAACAACUCAACUGGGCAAAGACAUUGACACGAAGGAGUGUUGGUGUGUUAGGGGAGAAUAUUGAGAGCGGAUCAGAAUGGGAAGCCCUCUUAGAUGACAUGGUGAAGCUAUCUGACAACGAGGAUGGCCGAGCUCUUGGCUUGCUAGAGAAUAAUGUCGUCGUGAAGACUUUCUUCAGUGGAUUGCUUAACUCUGGUAAAUUCGAGUUAGCGAAAGAGUUACUAUCAUCUUCAGACUCGGCACUCAGUUCAUUGGAUAAGAAGGUAGUGACAGAUAUUGUUUUGGAGACUUCGCAAGAGUUCUUCGAUAAUGCAACAGAUGGGGAUUUGAGUUACGGCUACAUGAAAUUGUCAAACGAUGUUUUGGAUGUGGAUCAGGCGAAGUCGCAGACGAUAACAUCACAUAAGGAAUUUAUCUGGGCAACCUCAAAAUUAUGCUCGUACAACCUGAAAAAUAUCGAAGGAAUGCAAAUUACACCACUGGAAGUCAGAUUGGAAAGCAACAAAAUGGUAUUCAUCGAUAAAUUACUCAAUACUCGCAGAGAUGGAUACCAACAUCCAGACAGAAUAAUAUCGCUAGCUGUAGGACUGGAUGAUGCAUUGAGAUGCAAUAGUAAAGGACAAGUAGACGUUUUGUCAAGAAUUAUAGAUGCUGCUAUAAGGUAUCAAGAUUAUAAAGAAGCAUACAGAAUAACUCAAAGUGAGGACUUCCAGCAGAAGCUGACGUUAGCUCAAGAUGAGGAGGAUGCACGUUGGAUCUCUUAUUAUAAACUUGGCAUUGAGGAGAAAUGGAAGUCACACAAUGAGAGACUAAAUUGUUUAGCUCAAGCCAUGACACUGUGUCCAGAUACCAAGAUAGACAUGAUCUUAAGCGAAUGGAAGAAGCUAGAUAGUAACCUAUCGACAAUGACCGUCAACAUACCCGAAAAGAAGAAAGAGAAGGACGCCAGUGACGCUUUAGCCAGUAUACUUUCACCGAUUACAGUUGAAUCACAAACGCGUAAUUUGUUAUCUGGUGGAUUGCGAGCUUUAAAGAGUGUUGGCAGCGUUGCGAGUGCGUCAACAAUGUCAAAUUCAUCGUCACAGGUGCCCUCCUCUAGUGGACUAGCUCAGCAAAGAUCGUUCAAUCUAGGACUAGAGGAGAAGCUAACUAGAGGUGUCGGAUGGCUGAUAGGUGCAGAUGAAUAAAACGUAAAUGAAAAAGAUAAUAUGUAUUUUUAACUUGUUCGAUUAAGC